UAAGCCAUCGACGACAAACUAUCACUAACAUAUUCACAGUAAGUCUGAAUUCACAAGUUUUAUCGCCCCAAAAUGGCCACAUUUUUUGGAUGGAAUAUAACUGUUUACACUCCAUAGGACACUCAUAACUGCAUUAUUAAGUAAGGGGUUGAAUUUUCGUAUGUUUUCAAGACUACGAAGCAAGAAAUCCAGGAUUGAAUUGGAGCGUAGAGUUAUUGAUCUAAGCACCUUUCACCUGUUCUCAACUUCUAAAGCUUCUUGUUUGGUUUGUUUGGGGGAGAAUCGAUUUCUCGUAACCACAAAUCUGUAACUAACUACAAAAAAGAAAUUUAAAGAGCCAUUUAAACGUGUGAAGACUGCACUGCUAUUUCCAGUCGGCGAAAAACGUUUUUUCUAAACACGGAUGAGCGAAAAGCAGCUUUGAAAAUGAGCGAUUCCAAAGUGACGUCUCCGAAUGCCGCGGUGAUUCGAGAAGAAGGAGGCGAAGACGAAGACGACGAAGCAAAAGCGCCACAGGAUGAUUCAGGGAAUGUAAGCGAUCAUGAAAACGAGCAAUCGACUCCUCAUAAUGAAACAGCGCCGCCACCAAGAAACAGGGACCGCGUAUCAAUUAAUGUUGGAGGAGUAUUACAUGAAACCUACCGAAGUACCCUAAAAAACAUUCCCGAUACACGUUUAUCAUGGCUUUCCGACGCCGCUACAGGGUCUGCCGAUUAUGACGCUGUUACUGGAGAAUAUUUUUUCGACCGCCACCCUGGAGUAUUUUCCAAUGUCUUAAACUAUUAUCGAACGGGAAAAUUACAUUGUCCAUUAGAUGUGUGCGGGCCGCUUUUUGAGGAAGAACUAGAAUUUUGGGGGAUAGACGAUCAGCAAGUUGAAUCAUGUUGUUGGUUGACAUAUCGCCAACAUAGAGACGCUCAAGCAACGUUAGCUGCGUUUGAAGGAGUUGAAUUUCAAAACGAGUUCGAUGACGACGAAGAACCCGAUCUUGGAAGGUAUGGAUUCAACUUCUCUGCCGAAUCUGAGCCGGAUAAAACAUGGUACGAGAAGUACCAGCCGAGAAUAUGGACACUGAUGGAAGAACCACACUCUUCCAUGCUCGCCAAAGUCAUCGCCUACACAUCGUUAACUUUGAUAAUCUUGUCUGUUGUCACCUUCUGUCUGGAAUCAAUGGAACCCUUUAAGGAAGAACGAAACGUCAACAUCUUAUUCAUCUUGGAAGGAGUGUGCGUAGCAUGGUUUACCGUAGAACUCUUUGUGCGAUUCAUUUUUUGUCCUCACAAAUGUGACUUUUUUAAGAAGGUUAUGAACUGGAUCGACUUUAUCGCUAUCCUUCCGUUCUAUAUUAGUGUUGGAUAUCGCAAGAAUGAAAAUUUUGAAGUUCUGAUGAUUGUAAGAUUGAUCAGAAUUUUCAGGAUCUUCAAGCUAUCCCGGCAUUCCUCAGGCCUCCAGAUACUUGGACAUACACUGAAAGCGAGCAUCCGUGAACUAUUGUUGCUCAUUUUUAUCCUAAUAAUGGGCGUCGUUCUUUUUGCAAGUAUAGUUUUUUACUGCGAGAAGGACGAACCAGACACUAAGUUUACAGACAUUCCUUCCUCAUUUUGGUGGGCGGUCGUUACUAUGACAACGGUAGGCUAUGGAGACAUGGCGCCAAAGAGUCCCGCGGGAAAAUUCAUAGGUAGUCUAUGCGCGGUCUGUGGUGUCCUGACCAUUGCACUUCCGGUUCCGGUAAUCGUGAAUAAUUUCUCACUUUACUACUCGCACGCGCAGGCUCGCUUGAAGCUGCCCAAGAAGCGAAGACGCGUGUUAGUUGCAGCUCCUAAUGCGUUAAAAGCUCCCGCCUUAGUGGAGAAUGGUAUGAGCGGGGACUCCAAAGGAAGCGGCGACAGUGGCUGCCAAGAAAACAGAAACUGCAGCGUAGUAGUGACAGAUGAAGUAUCAGAAUCAAGACCAAGAAGACCCGUGCGAAGAGAAAGCCAUCUAUUCGGCCAGACAUCUCCUCCCAGUAAUGGUAGUGCAAACGUUGGUAGGAAUAGUAUUUCUGGCACGUACGCCUAUCAAAAACGACGGUCAAUGAGACCUACUGUUCCUACGUUGACAGAGGUAGAAUAAUACAAAAGGGAGCACAGAAAAAUAUCAAGAAAAUCAACGUGAAGCAGGUUGGACUGAAGUAGCGUACACCAUCCUAUCCAAAGAACAGUAAAGACAAGCUAGGCCGUAAGGUUGGUCUGUAAAACACAACAGCUGCUGAAAAAAACGAAUGAAAGAAACUGUGAAAGAGGUGAUAAGACAGUCUUCAACUGGCUGGGUGAUCCGACACAAAAAUGAACCAAUCACAACAAAGAACAUAGUCUUUGUAAUUUUGAAUUCAAUAAGGUCAAGGAAUGAUGAAUGACGUCAUGACCAAGGAAUCUUGAAUGACGUUGUGUUCAACUUCAAAAGUAUGUAUAUGACGUCAUAAAGCAUUUGAACUCAGAAAGGAGUAAGCACAAAGAAAUUCAAUGUAAAAAGCAGGUUUGACUGCAACAUAUUCAACUCGUAAAAAUUGUUUGAGACAAUUUAUCAGUGACGUCAUCGAUUCACUGAUGACGUUAAAUGACGUUUAUAUUAAAUGACGUCACAAUUUCUGACAUUAAUAUGCAAGAACAUAAAAUGUAACGUGGUUAUGACGUAAUCAACACCACGUGACGUUAAUAAACCAAUUAUAAGCCAUGAAUAAUUAUACAGUAGUUUUUCUAGAGUAUAUAAGCAAUCCGUCAUCGUGUUCUUAAUAAAUUAAGGACUUUAAUUCCAAAUCCAAUAAUCCAGAUAUAUUCAUGCUAGUAGAAUUAUUGCACUGUAUAAAAUGUUCAAUAUUUUGAGUACAGACAAGUUACACGUAGACAUUGUAAAUAACAUUAUAUGAUUGAUUUGAGGAAGCAAAUCUCGUUCCAAGAGCUCCUCGGUUUCAUUCCUGGAAAGCGUGGAGGUCUGGGUACGAGAUUGGUUGGAAGCCGUGUUGAAAAAUAAUCAAACAUUCGUGGCUAUAUAGGGUUCUUGAGCACGCGAUUUAAAUGUUUUGGUAGAGUUUCACAAAACUGGGCGUAACCAAGCCUUUGCAUGAAAACUAUUGAUGUCAUGUGAUGGAAAAGCUUGACUGCAUUGGAAAUGUCUGCUGAUUUCCACGUGAAUGUCACGUGACUGCUAGAGAUUUUUACCUUCAUUUUCAGUUCUCCAUCCGAAUUAAUUUAAAAAAUUAGGCUUUUAAGACACUUUCUAGUGAGUUUUGUUUUCCUUGAUAUCUCGCUCCAACCUUGGAUUUUUUUCACUAUGGCUUCCAUAUCUCCAGAAAAUCCUCAUUUAUCCAACUUGAAAUGCUCAUAAAAUGGUACUUCAAGACAGAACAGCUAAUUUAUACUGUUGUUCCAUUCAUAUAAGUACUCCCGUCACCAUGUCUUCUCAGAGAAGUUCUGGAAGAAGACCUGAUGCACAUAAAUGAAAUUUAAAGAAAUCAAUUAUGAUCGCGUAAAUGAUUAAUAUCAUGAACCAGUCUUGCUCUUUUUCAGAGAAAGAGAAAGCUGAGGUACAAAAAGAAAAGUACUAAUGAUAAAUAAAUAAAUAAUUGAUGAUUAUAGCGUGCAGUAUGUUGCUAUCGGUUGUUAAUUUCUGCUGUGAUUAUAAAACGCAAGUAUGAAUUACAGGUUGCGCAAUUAUUAAUAGAUAUCAAUGAUUAAUCGAUUAUUGCUAGGGCCCAAGUCAAUAUGAAAAACUAAUAUUAUAAUCCAAUUAUAAUAGAUACUUUGAUCUUCAAUUGAUAGAUAGAUUAGUAAUGAAUAUCUGAUAUUAUCAAUAUAUUAUUAAUCUAUUAGUGUAUAUAGACGUAUCAUCAUAAUGUAAGAUAUUUUCAUAUAAAAUAGAAAAUAACCGGAUGUGGCUUUCCACUGUCUGUCUGUCUGACUGUCCGUCUGACUGUCUGUCUGUCUGUCCGUUGAUCGGCUGACUGGAAUUUGUACAUUGGCCCCAACGAAAUGCUGUAGUGAAAUAUUAAAAUCAUGACCAUAACCACA